AUGUUUUCGAUUAACAAUCAACCUAUUGUAAUUGACUCUGGGACUGGAUUUACAAAAGUCGGCUUUGCUGGAAACGGGGCUCCAACGGCUAUUUUCCCGACUGCCAUUGCUUACCCUUCACAUAAGAGAACGACACGGUCCUUCCAGAGUCUGGACGAUCUGGACUAUUUUGUGGGAGAGCAAGCUUUCGGGAAGACUGACUACAUUCCGACGUAUCCGAUCCAGCAUGGCAUUAUUCAAGACUGGAAUAGCAUGGAACGGAUCUAUGAUUACUCUAUUUACCAAGAACUGCGUUGUAAUCCUGAGGAUCACUACUUUUUAAUAACGGAGCCGUUCAACAACACUCCGGAGAACCGUGAAUACACUGCCGAGGUGAUGUUCGAGACCUUCAACGUUCCAGGAAUGUACAUUGCGACGCAGGCGGUGCUCUGUUUGUACGCAAACGAAUUGUCGAAGAAGGAUGGAGGCGCUAUGAACUCGGCUGUUUCGGGCGUGGUGGUGGAUGCUGGAGAAGGCGGGACCUCGAUUAUUCCUGUGGCGGAGGGCUAUGUGUUGGGAGCUGCGGUGAAGACGCUUCCUCUGGGUGGCCACGAUAUUUCGGAGUUCAUUCUGCGUCGUCUGCGCGAGCGCAACGAGCCCGUUCCGUCGGAGGACAUUCUGGACGCCGUGAAGCAGGUGAAGGAAUCGCUGUGCUACUGCUGCGGCAACCUGGUGAAGGAAUUCUUUGCGUUCGACGAAGAUCGGAGCAAGUUCAAAACGGUGUCUGGAAUCAACGCUCGAACCCAGCAGAAAUGGACGAUCGAUGUGGGAUACGAGCAGUUUUUGGCCCCCGAGCUGUUCUUCAACCCGGAGAUUCUGAAUCCUGAAUAUACGACGCCGUUGGCGAACUUGGUGGAUCAAACGAUCAUGCGCUGUCCGGUGGAUGUGCGUCGUCCGCUGUACAGCAACAUCGUGGUGGCGGGCGGUUCCACGAAGUUUAAAGGAUUUGACAAGCGACUGAGCCGCGACUUGAAGCGAAUCGUGAAGGCUCGGUACGAUGCGAACAUUUCUGCGGUACGCGCGAAACUGCAGGGAAAUCUUGAGAUUCAAGGAAAGGAGAUGGAAGUGGUGGUGAAACCUCCGAAGAAACGGGAGAUUGCUUCGUGGAUGGGAGGCAGUUAUGUGGCUUCGCAAGAUGAGUUUGUAGGAGCGUGUGUGACGAAGGCGGAGUAUGAGGAAAAAGGAGCGAAGGUAGCUCGCAAGAAUGCUCUCGUGAAAGUGGACUAUUAG